ACACAGCCUAGCUGGUGGGCUCUGCUUCCAGGUUUGUCUGGGUAGCCACCGGCUCUGCCAGAAGAAGGGAGCAAGUCUCCCCAAGGCUCGCGAUGAGGCUCUGGAGGAGGAGCUGCUCCAAGGUCCUCUGUGCUAAGCUUACUCUGCUAGCAGCCAACAUCCUGCUGCUGUUUUACACCAGGGAGGCCAUACAUAGUUUGGUUGUGGGCAGCCUGCACAAGGAGGGGGCUGCGGUGGCCCAGAGCCCCUUGUACCUGAAGAAGGAUAUGCACCACUUGAGAAAAAGUAUGAAAUCGACUACGAAGCGACAAGGCCACGUAGCAAAGUGGGGAAAUGGUGAAUUCCUCCCUGGCUGGAAGGAAAUGAAAGUAAGGUUGGCACCCAAGAGAUUCUUCCUGAGCUCCAAGAUCUUCCAGCAAUGGGGGAAGGGGCUCUCCGAGGCGCAGCAGCAGGAGGCCCUGGACUUGUUCCUGGAGUUUGGCUACAACGUGUUCCUCAGCAACCAGUUACCCUAUAACCGUAGCAUCCCUGACACCCGUGACGCCAGGUGUCUUCAGAAGACAUACCCCGCCCAGCUCCCAUCACUCAGUGUCAUCCUCAUAUUUAUGAAUGAAGCGCUAUCUGUCAUUCAGAGGGCCAUCACCAGCGUCACCAACCGGACCCCAACCUGGCUGCUGAAGGAGAUCAUCCUGGUGGAUGACUUUAGCUCCCAUGGAGAACUGAAGGCACGAUUGGAUGAGAAGAUUAAGCUUUACAACCAGAACUAUCCAGUCCUACUGAAACUCAUAAGGCACAAAAAGAGAAGAGGUCUCGCACAAGCCCGAAACACCGGCCUGGAAGCUGCUACAGCUGAUGUGGUUGCCAUCUUGGAUGCUCACAUCGAAGUGAACAUUGGAUGGGCGGAGCCCAUUUUGGCUCGGAUUCAGGAAGACCACACCGUGGUCGUGUCUCCUGUGUUUGACAAUAUUGAUUUCGAUACGUUUGAACUGAAAAAGUACGAACUGGCCGCAGAUGGCUUUAGCUGGAAGCUGUGGUGCCAGUAUGAUCCUGUCCCACAAGCCUGGAUCGAUCUGGGUGAUGCCACUGCUCCAAUGAAGAGCCCUUCCAUCAUGGGCAUCCUGGCCGCCAACAGGAUCUUCCUGGAAGAGCUGGGGGCUCUGGAUGGCGGGAUGCUGCUCUACGGAGGAGAGAACGUGGAACUUAGCCUGAGGGUGUGGCAGUGUGGAGGGAAGAUUGAGAUCUUACCCUGCUCCCGGGUUGCUCACCUGGAGAGACAUCACAAACCCUAUGCCAUGGACCCAGGAAUUCCCUUGCGGCGUAACGCUCUGAGAGUGGCUGAAAUCUGGAUGGACAAAUACAAAUACAUGGUCUACUCGGCCUGGAACCUCCCCCUCCAGAAUUCUGGGAUCGACUAUGGAGACAUUUCUUCCAGAAGAGCACUCCGGGAGAAACUGAAAUGCAAAACUUUUGACUGGUACCUGAAAAACGUCUACCCGCUCUUGAAGCCGGUCCCCAACAUUGUCCGCUAUGGAAGAAUGAAAAAUUCAUUGGAUGAAAAUGUUUGCCUGGACCGAGGACCUGUCCCAGGAAACUCUCCCAAAAUGGCACCUUGCCAUGAGUUCAGUGUUCAGAACGUGUACUAUCUCCUGUCUGGGGAAAUCUAUGUGGGAGAAUUAAUUGGAAAGGAAGACAUCCAUGAGCAAUACUGCCUGACAGACUCUGGCACUGGGGAGAAGCCCACAUUGGAGCUGUGUUCUCAGGCAGUGAACAGUGGACAGCACAUCUAUUGGGAUUUUCAGCAGGGACAAUCCGUCAAAAACAGGGAUACUGCCCGGUGUCUGGAGAUGAGGAAGGACCCCUCAGGUCCCUACAGGCUUGUGUUAGAGAACUGUACCCAGCAAAUAUGGAAUAUACAGCAUAUAGGCAGAACUGGGGCCACUGACAGCCAGUGAGCCCCAGAGAACUUGGAUUUGUAGGGGCAGUUCUCAAGGCUGGAAUGGUGACUAACCACGGUGCUGCUCCAGUUGGGAGAGGGUGACAGAUGUAUGUUUAUCUCCGGUGACUUCACCAAGCAAUUCACAGAGGAGAGACUUGGGCACAUGUCAGGGUGUCUCUGCUGGGGAGAGCGGUGGAAACUCAGAAGCCUCGUCCCCAGCUUGCCUUGAGAAAUCGUGAUAUGCAUCUAGCUCCAUUCUAGGAAACUUCUAGAAAUAGCCAGCAUGAUCUAGCUGUGCUGUGGAGACAGCGAGAGGGAUGACAGUUUCGCUUUGAUUCCACCAACACUGUUUAGCCUUCAUUGCCGACAGCAACUGUCACCACCUGCCCCACACCUCCUCCCUCCUCAUCUGCUCAUCUUCCCAGGCUGUCCUGGGCUGAGCUCUGUCAGGGCCUGGACCCUCUUCACUCCAGAAGCUCGACAGCUACCCAGGUGGUCUCAAUUCCCUCCCUGUCUGGACUACAAGAGUGACUUUCUUAAAUCCCAAUACUACAUUCUCACUGUAAGUGCCUUUGGACGGCCAGUCUCUCCUAUG